AUAAUUUUAAAACUUAUUAUGUAGGAAUUGGAAGAGUUCUUAGAAAAAUAAAAGGACCUAAAUCUCAAAAUGCUGAGAGAUAUGUUGCAAACUUAAAGUCUCAUCCAGCACAAUUUGUCAAUAGGAUUGGACUCUUUGAAAAAGUGCAUCGAAAAUUUACCUACUAAAAUUGUCCCCAAGUAGGGAUUGCAAUCCAGAAUCACUAUACAUAGACAGAACCAACAUCAAUUUAUUUUGAGUCAAUUGGGUCAUAAGCAUUUCAUAUCCUACUUGAAUUUAGAAGAAGAGAUCAAGGAGAUCUAUCGAGAGAGGAUGUUCAAUUUGUCUGUUAGUUUGAGAGGUAUGAAUGGAGAAGUUUUAGAGGAUGAAGACUGUCCUGUUUAUUUAAGAAUAUACACAUCGGAGAAAUUUCCAAAAGAAGUUGAUGCCAAUAUUAAAGGGAAACCAAUAUUUAAGGGAUAAACACAAAUACUUCUGAGAGGCAGAGGUGAAUUUUAAAGAAUUUCAAUCACUGAAGUGUCCUCUCAUUUCCCUUCUGGAAAAUUUAUUUUAGUGAUAUUUUCGGAGAAAUCUUACGUAAAACCCUACAUAAUUGAUAAUUUAAUUGUUAAAGCGAAAAAAUUGCUCAAAUGAAUUAAAAAAUUAUAUAUAAAUAUUAAUGAUAAAUUUUAUA